UGUCUCCUUCUCCUUCAGGUCUUAUUGUCCACUCCUCCCAACUUCCCACUGCACCAUGGCUCCCGGCCCCUUCUCCUCUAUGCUGCUCUUGCCACCACCUGCAGCCCUGUCUUUUCUGCUGCUACUCUGGACAGGGGCAUCUCGUGGCCAGCCCUGUCCUGGCCGCUGCAUCUGCCAGAAUGUGGCGCCCACGCUGACCAUGCUGUGCGCCAAGACUGGCUUGCUCUUUGUGCCGCCAGCCAUUGACCGGCGUGUGGUGGAACUGAGGCUCACAGACAACUUCAUUGCGGCCAUCCGCCGCCGAGACUUCGCCAACAUGACCAGCCUGGUGCACCUCACCCUCUCCCGUAAUACCAUCGGCCAAGUGGCAGCUGGCGCCUUUGCUGACCUCCGUGCCCUCCGGGCUCUGCACCUUGACAGCAACCGCCUGGCCGAGGUGCGUGGCGACCAGCUCCGCGGCUUGGGCAACCUCCGUCACCUGAUCCUCGGCAACAACCAGAUCCGCCGGGUGGAGUCGGCGGCCUUCGAUGCCUUCCUGUCCACUGUGGAGGACCUGGAUCUGUCCUACAACAACCUCGAGGCCCUGCCCUGGGAGGCCGUAGGCCAGAUGGUGAACCUGAACACCCUCACACUGGACCACAAUCUCAUCGACCACAUCGCUGAAGGUACCUUCGUGCAGCUUCACAAACUGGUUCGCCUGGACAUGACCUCCAACCGCCUCCAUAAACUGCCCCCUGAUGGGCUCUUCCUGAGGUCCCAAGGCCCGGGGCCCAAGCCGCCCACGCCACUCACGGUUAGCUUUGGUGGCAACCCCCUGCAUUGCAACUGCGAGCUGCUCUGGCUGCGACGGCUGACCAGGGAGGAUGACUUGGAAACGUGUGCCACCCCUGAGCACCUCACUGACCGCUACUUUUGGUCCAUCCCUGAGGAGGAGUUCCUGUGUGAACCCCCGCUGAUCACACGGCAGGCGGGGGGCCGGGCCCUCGUGGUGGAGGGCCAGGCAGUCAGCCUGCGGUGCCGUGCUGUGGGUGACCCUGAGCCGGUGGUGCAUUGGGUGGCACCCGAUGGGCGGUUGCUGGGGAACUCUAGCCGGACCCGGGUCCGGGGGGAUGGGACGCUGGAUGUAACUAUCACCACCUUGCGGGACAGUGGUACCUUCACUUGCAUCGCCUCCAAUGCCGCUGGAGAAGCCACGGCGCCCGUGGAGGUGUGCGUGGUGCCUCUCCCUCUGAUGGCGCCCCCGCCGGCUGCCCCGCCGCCCCUCACUGAGCCUGGCUCCUCUGACAUUGCCACGCCUAGCCGACCUGGUGCCAAUGAAUCUGCUGCUGAACGCCGGCUGGUGGCGGCGGAGCUCACCUCCAACUCUGUGCUCAUCCGCUGGCCAGCGCAGAGGCCGGUGCCUGGCAUCCGCAUGUACCAAGUCCAGUACAACAGCUCCGCUGAUGACUCCCUUGUCUACAGGAUGAUCCCCUCCACCAGCCAGACCUUCCUGGUGAAUGAUCUGGCGGCGGGCCGCGCCUAUGAUCUGUGCGUGCUGGCGGUCUACGACGAUGGUGCCACAGCGCUGCCAGCCACGCGAGUGGUGGGCUGCGUGCAGUUUACCACGGCUGGGGAUCCCGCGCCCUGCCGCCCGCUGAGGGCCCACUUCUUGGGCGGCACCAUGAUCAUUGCCAUCGGGGGCGUCAUCGUUGCCUCGGUCCUCGUCUUCAUCGUUCUGCUCAUGAUCCGCUACAAGGUCUAUGGCGACGGAGAUGGCCGUCGUGUCAAGGGCGCCUCUAGGUCACCCCCGCGGGUCAGCCACGUGUGCUCGCAAACCAAUGGUGCAGGGGCGCCGCAGGCCCCACCGCCAGCGCCAGAAUGCUACGUGGCAUUACGCGAGGAGGCGUCCCCGGCUGCGGCAGCCCUGGCAGUGGAAGCAAAGACCACGGUGGUAGAGACGGCAGCUUCCGCAGACCCAGAGGCCGUCUUUGGACGCUCCCUGGGUGGCUCGGCCACCUCGCUGUGUCUCCUGCCAUCGGAGGAAACCUCUGGGGAGGAGCCUCGAGCCGCUGUGGGUCCUCGGAGGAGCCGUUCUGGGGCCUUGAGGCCGCCGGCUUCAGCGCCCUCCACUCUAGCUCUGGUUCCUGGGGGGGCACCCGCUCGGCCUCGGCCACAGCAGCGUUACUCGUUUGACGGGGACUAUGGGGUGCUCUUCCAGAGCCACAGUUACCCGCGCCGCGCCCGGCGGACAAAGCGCCACCGGUCCACCCCGCACCUGGACGUGGCUGGAGGGGGCGUGGCCGGGGAGGACGGAGAGCUGGGGCUGGGCUCCGUCCGGGCGCGCCUGGCCUUCACCAGCACCGAGUGGAUGCUGGAGAGUACCGUGUGAGCGGCUGCGGCGGGCGCCGGGACUCCUGGUGCCACGGACAGGACCGAGUCCGAGCUGCCCAGACCCUGGGGCAGGACUGGAGGGAAAAAGCACAGCGCCAAGACCUCUGACUGGAGGGGAGGUGGGCCCUUCUCCCCGAGGGGGCGCUGCGGCCUGCAGCUAAGGCUCGAGGCAAUGCACCGUGUCCUGGGGAGAUGGGGAGCGGCCGCUGGGCUCCUCCCGUGAGAACUCCUUGCCCCCACUUGUCCCUCCCCCAGCGCGCUCGCGGACCUCGCUGGAGCUGGUGCCUUACACAGCGAAGCGCGGGGAGGGGCAGGGCCCCCCCACACUGCAGCACUGAGACACGAGCCCCCUCCCCCUGCCCGGGACCAGGGGCAGGGACGAGGGGCCCAUUUCUUGUAUCUGGCUGGACUAGAUCCUAUUCUGUCCCGCGGCGGCCUCCAAAGCCCCACCCCGAGCCCAUUCACCUCUCUGAUCCCGUAGGGUCUGGCUUGGGGUCCCCUUUUCUCUGUCCCCCUCUUUUGUGUCUAUCCUGCUCUCUGUCUUCUCUGUCUUAUGUCUCUGCCCUUUUCUAUUUGUCUCUUUUUUCUCUGUCCCGUCGUCUCUUCUCCUGCCCUCCCAUGUUUUGUCCAGUCUCUUUGUCUCUCCGGGAUUACCUCCCCCCACCACACAUUCUCCCGGGCAGGUCCCACUGGAAGGACCAGACUCCCUAUUCCUUCCUCUUUCCUCAAGUAAAUCCCCACAUGAAUAAAGUCCAAAACAAAGUCCUCCUCCCCACCGGAGCCAGGACCCCCGCCGCAGCAGAAUUAAACUUUUUUCUGUGUCCGAGGGCGCUCUACUGACCUCUGUGUGUGCCCCUGUGUCGUGUGUGUGUGUGUGUGUGUGUGUGUGUGUGUGUGUGCGCGCGUGUGUGUGUCCUAGAUUACAGCAUAAGGGUUAAGUGAGACUGAAGGAAAGAUGGCUAACUGGGACCAGGGAGACUUGCAGACAAUUUCCUAUCCUCUGAGAGAUUUAAAGGUGGGAAAUAAUAAUAAAAUGAUAAUAGCUAACAUUUAGUGAGUGCUGUGUGCCAAGCACUUAAGUAAUUUAAUCCUCACAACAACCCUAGAACAUAUUACAGGUAUCCCAUUUUGCAGAUGAGGAAAUUGAUGCUCAGAAACAUCUCAAAAUCACAUAACCAGAAGGUGGCAAAAUUGGGAUUUGAAAAGGCAGGCAGCCCGACUUCUGAACCUGUCCUCUUAACCACAGAAUUCUGCUGAGCGGUUAGUGAAUGCUCAUUCCACAUACAGGCAUUGUGCUAAGCACAGCUCCUCUUUCUGAGGUUGGGCAACUGUCCAAGGUAGGUAUCUUUGGUUCCAUUUUAUAAACAGGAAUCUGAACCAGGAAGAAUUGAAGUCACUUGCCCAAAGAUCCCCAGUGAGAAAAUAAUGGAACUGGCAGUUUGAUCUCAGUGUCUUAUCUGUUCUUACCACUACACUGUGUUGCAUCUAGAGGCUAGGGAAUGACCCCAAUGACCUUAGCUGAGCGCAGGUAUACCAAGCCAGCCUCGUGAGGGAGGAAGGAGGGAAAGAGCUCAUUGGUUACUGCCUGGAAUAUGAGGGAUUGGGAGUGGAGAAGGGGUCUGCUUGGAGCACAGAAGAUGGUAUGGGGAGGGGAGUUUCAGUUAAGGCAGAGGAUUGUGGCUGGGGAAGGAAAGUCGGUUGAGGGCUACCCCAGUCUUGGGGGGUGCUGCAGUGAAUACUUCCUGAUCCUGGAGAAGGAAGAGACUUCAUGCUAGCCAGGGGCCCCCUGAGGCCUGGGGAGGAGGAGAGAAAGACAGAAAUAGAAACAGCAGGAGGAAGGGGGAAGAUCUGGGCAGACAGGGUGGGAGGCAUCAAGGACAAAGGCGCCAGAGAAUCACAGGCCAGGAGGCUCCCUCACCCAGUGACUUAGCCACACUUAUCUAUCUUGGUCAUCAUGACUCCUGGGUACUGAGGGCUUCCCACAUACUAGGCACUGUGCUCACAAACCCUCCCUGGUGCAUGGGCAAGGUGAGGGGGAAGGGAAGGGACAUCUGUAAUAUGUGGGUCCUCUCAACAAUAAAGAUUGAAAGAAGAGCAUGCAACCCAGCACCAGGCAUAUAACAUUCACAAAAGGAAGUUACGUUCAUAGUAAGCAUGAUCACAUUUAUACUCUGCAGCUGAUGUGUAGUGUGUGCAUCUAUGUUUCUAGAAGAAGAAAUAAUUUAGAGGUUAAGGAGCUUGCCCAAGAUCAUAACAGCCAGUAAACAGCAGAGUUGUGAUUAGAAAGUUUACUGCCUUCAAAUUCUGCAUACCUAAUCAUCUGACUAUAUUGUCUGAGUCACCCGAUAAAACUUUAUUGAGCAUGUGCUAUGUACGUGGCUCUGCGUAGGAGAUACAGCAGUGAACAAAAUAGACAAAAUAAGAAAGCCCUGUGGUCUAGUCAGUGUGGGUCAGUGGUUGAGUGUUGACCUAGGAACCAGGAGGUUAAGGUUCAAUUCCUGGUUGGGGCACAUGCCGGGGCUGUGAGCUCGAUCUCCAGUAGGGGGCUUGCAGGGGUAACUGAUCAAUGGUUCUCUCUCACUGAUGUUCUAUCCUUCUCUCCCUCUCCCUGAAAUCAAUAAAAACAUUAUAUAUAUAAAAUAAAGAAACCCCUGUCCCUUGGGGGGAGGCAGUAAACAAGCAAGUAAAUAUGUAAUGCGUGUCUGGGGGUAAAUAAAUGUCUUAAAAUGAA